UCCUAGUGAUGCCAAAGUAGUUUCAAGUGUUACUUCGGAGCAUACUGCGUAAGUGCUGCUGAAGAACAUAUGACGAGGGUCCCGAAAGGUGGCCAUGUACAGUGUGCCGUUGUCACGUUCGCAGCUUUCCGCGAGUCUUCAGUUGCAUAGUGACGUCCAGAACACACAUUAAUCUAGAGGUCAUAUUGCUCUAGGGUUGGCAUCUACGUAGCCUUAGUUUAGUCCGUGUGAAACGUUAGAGGGAGCCAGUCUGUGUGGCUGGUCUUCCGAGGCCCACUUGCUCGUAGCAACACCCUCGUUUUCCAUAUUUUUUUCUCGCUCGUGAAGACCAGUUUUUUUUUUUAUUGGGUGUUAGCGCCGCGACGCAACUGUGGCUAUGAGCGACGUACAGAUGUGGACAGACGGAGAGAGGAUAGCAGGAAGGAGUGGGGGACAGUGGGGUUAGUAUGCGUCCUGGGCCGACUUCAGGGGGAACUGUGCCGACAUUCGUCUGGAAAGUCUUCGGAAAACCCAGGGAAAACCUCAGAUAGCACAGCCGGCGGUAGGAUUCGAACCCACCACCUCCCAGUCUUCAGCACGACCUUGGUUACCACCAACGAGCGGACGCCUUAGCCCACUCGGCCAUGCCGCUGGUCGUGAAGACCUGUACACGAUUUCUUCGUUUUUUUUUUAAUUGCGCUUUUCUUCGAAUGCCGUCCAUGUCAGCGGUUAGGGAUGUAAAACAGUUUGUCGAAGGUAAGAAAAAAAGAAAAACUGUCAAAAGACGCUGAUCCGUCCUCAAGUCACCAGGCAACAUGGGUACAAUUUGUCUGCCUGUUGGAGGCUAAUGGUCCACAGUGGGAUUCCAAGUCCCCUGCUGACCGGAGAAGAUGCACGUUUUGAUGACAUAGGCUACAAUGUCUACACCGUUAUGUGUUCCUAAUCUGAACCCGCCCCAAGACCGCCGCUGUGCCGAUGAGAGCCGACAAGCUCAAAGCCGCCGUCUCCCAUCAGAUCGGCGUUCCAAUGACCGCCGUGGAGGGAGACAAAGUACUUCAUGCCUGCACUUUGUCUAGCUGGGUGGGGGCAGUACUAUUUUUGAAGCAUGAUACAGGCAAGCUUGUCUGUCCUGUAGGUGGCCAUACAAAGACCACCUGAAUCAAGUGUGCCGAAACAUGCAACAUUGUCAUUGGUAAUGUGUAGAGAAGUGUUAGGAUAUACGUUGCGGCGCAUUCUAAAAAUAUGUAUUUUGCUCAAACAUCCUGGCUGUAGUCAUCAGCCUUUAUAACUUCCAAACGGCACGUGUUCAAACUGGGAAGUAUUAUUCUAAUACAAAUGUCGUAUUUCUUUCUCGAUGAGAAACAGCGUCUACGCAAGGUUUCGUCAAGAACCUCCCACUGGCACCUCUUCGGUCUCAACUUGAAACCCAUUCAGACGUAGCUGACCUUCUGAGAAACAGACAGCGCUGAGGAAAAAGCAAGAGAUACUUGUGUCUGCGAGUCAUCACGUGCAAGGCCCUUUGGGAUCGCAACUGCAAGAAAUGCAGCUCUCUCCAAAGAUCAGUGGUCAGCCCGUGAGAGUGAAAUCAGAACCACCUGAUGUUGCAUGCCUGCCAAAACAGGGCCAGGUACAUCAACAACACAGUGGCGAGCAUCCUUCAGGAGGUGAUGCUUAUGGAGUGACGGCUGACAUGCAUCACAUCAAAGGAGAACCUCGAGAGGAAUCUUCAAAUGAAGAUCCAAUUAUGGAAGUCAAGACAGAGCCUUACAACAUUGCAAUCUCAACAGAACAGGACCAGGUGGGACACAGCUGUCAAUCAACAUCAGAAGGCAUCACAGCUGGGAUGUGUGACAUUAAAGAAGAACCAAAAGAGGAAUCUUCGAGUGAACAUCCAAUCAUAGAAGUCAAGACAGAGCCUUAUAACAUUGCAGUCUUGACUGGACAGGACCAAAUGGAAGACAACUGUCAAUCAACAUCAGAAGGAGCAAGAGAAAGCGCUGCUUUGCUCCAUGUAAAGGACCAGCCGGUUUUCAGCCGGAGAGGGGACCUCCAGCGUCACAAGCGGGCACACACAGGAGAAAAGCCAUACAAGUGUAAUGUCUGCACUGCGGAGUUCAGAAAGAGAGGGCACUUACAAAAUCACGAGCGGACACACACUGGAGAGAAGCCAUACAAGUGUGACGUUUGCCCUGCAGAGUUCAGCCAGGGAGGGCACUUACAAAGUCACAAGCGGACACACACUGGAGAGAAGCCAUACAAGUGUGACGUUUGCCCUGCGGAGUUCAGCUGGAGUCGGUGCCUCCAGGAGCACAAGCGGAUACACACGGGCGAGAAGCCAUACAAGUGCGAUGUCUGCCCUGCUGAGUUCAGCCAGAGUGGGCACUUACAGCAUCACAGACGGACACACACUGGAGAGAAGCCAUACAAAUGUGAUCUUUGCCCUGCGGAGUUCAGCCGGAGGGGGUCCCUACAGGAGCACAAGCGGACACACACGGGCGAGAAGCCAUACAAGUGCAAUGUCUGCCCUGCGGAGUUCAGCCAGAGAGGGCACUUACAGCAUCACAAGCAGACACACACUGGAGAGAAGCCAUACAAGUGCAAUCUCUGCCCUGCAGUUUUCAGCCGGAGAGGGGUCCUUGAGCGUCACAAGCGGGCACACACAGGAGAAAAGCCAUACAAGUGUAAUGUCUGCACUGCGGAGUUCAGCCAGGGAGCGCACUUACAGCAUCACAAGCGGACACACACUGGAGAGAAGCCAUAUAAGUGUGAUGUUUGCCCUUCGAAGUUCAGCCGGAGUGGGUACUUACAGCAUCACAAGCGGACACACACUGGAGAGAAGCCAUACAAGUGCGAUGUCUGCCCUGCGGAGUUCAGCCAGAGUGGGAACUUACAGCGUCACAGACAGACACACACUGGAGAGAAGAGCACAAGCGGACACACGGGCGAGAAGCCAUACAAGUGCAAUGUCUGCCCUGCGGAGUUCAGCCAGAGAGGGCACUUACCGCAUCACAAGCAGACACACACUGGAGAGAAGCCACACAAGUGCAAUCUCUGCCCUGCGGUUUUCAGCCGGAGAGGGGACGUCGAGCGUCACAAGCGGGCACACACAGGAGAAAAGCCAUACAAGUGUAAUGUCUGCACUGCGGAGUUCAGCCAGGGAGCGCACUUACAGCAUCACAAGCGGACACACACUGGAGAGAAGCCAUACAAGUGCAAUCUCUGCCCUGCGGUUUUCAGCCGGAGAGGGGUCGUCGAGCGUCACAAGCGGCCAGGGAGCGGCACUUACAGCAUCACAAGCGGACACACACUGGAGAGAAGCCAUACAAGUGCGAUGUCUGCCUUGCGGGGUUCAGCCAGAGUGGGCACUUACAGCGUCACAGACAGACACACACUGGAGAGAAGCCAUAGAAAUGUGAUCUUUGCCCUGCAGAGUUCAGCCGGAGGGGGUACCUACUGGAGCACAAGCGGACUCACGGGCGAGAAGCCAUACAAGUGCAAUGUCUGCCCUGCGGAGUUCAGCCAGAGAGGGCACUUACCGCAUCACAAGCAGACACACACUGGAGAGAAGCCAUACAAGUGCAAUCUCUGCCCUGCGGUUUUCAGCCGGAGAGGGGACGUCGAGCGUCACAAGCCAGCACACACAGGAGAAAAGCCAUACAAGUGUAAUGUCUGCACUGCGGAGUUCAGCCAGGGAGCGCACUUACAGCAUCACAAGCGGACACACACUGGAGAGAAGCCAUACAAGUGCAAUCUCUGCCCUGCGGUUUUCAGCCGGAGAGGGGUCGUCGAGCGUCACAAGCGGGCACACACAGGAGAAAAGCCAUACAAGUGUAAUGUCUGCACUGCGGAGUUCAGCCAGGGAGCGCACUUACAGCAUCACAAGCGGACACACACUGGAGAGAAGCCAUACAAGUGCGAUGUCUGCCUUGCGGGGUUCAGCCAGAGUGGGCACUUACAGCGUCACAGACAGACACACACUGGAGAGAAGCCAUAGAAAUGUGAUCUUUGCCCUGCGGAGUUCAGCCGGAGGGGGUACCUACUGGAGCACAAGCGGACUCACGGGCGAGAAGCCAUACAAGUGCAAUGUCUGCCCUGCGGAGUUCAGCCAGAGAGGGCACUUACCGCAUCACAAGCAGACACACACUGGAGAGAAGCCAUACAAGUGCAAUCUCUGCCCUGCGGUUUUCAGCCGGAGAGGGGACGUCGAGCGUCACAAGCCAGCACACACAGGAGAAAAGCCAUACAAGUGUAAUGUCUGCACUGCGGAGUUCAGCCAGGGAGCGCACUUACAGCAUCACAAGUGGACACACACUGGAGAGAAGCCAUAUAAGUGUGAUGUUUGUCCUGCGGAGUGCAGCCGGAGUGCGUACCAUCAGGAGCACAAGCGGACACACACGGGCGAGAAGCCAUGCUAGUGCUAUGUCUGCCCUGCGGAGUUCAGCCAGAGAGGGCACUUACAGCAUCACAGACAGACACACACUGGAGAGAAGCCAUACAACUGUGAUCUUUGCCCUGCGGAGUUCAGCCGGAGCGGGUACCUACAGGAGCACAAGCGGACACACACGGGCCAGAAGCCAUGCUAGUGCUAUGUGUGCCCUGCGGAGUUCAGCCAGAGUAGGAGCUUAGAACAGCACAGGGGUGAUGCACACGGGGGAGAAGCCUUACAAGUGCGAUGUCUGCCCUGCAGAGUUCAGCCAGAGGACGAACCUACAGCAACACAAGCGGACACAUCCGGGCAAAAUUCCAUACAAGUGUGAUGUCUGCCCUGCGGAGUUCAGCCAGAGAGGGCACUUACAGCAUCACAAGCACCUAAGGUAUCACAAGCUGACACGCACGGACGAGAAGCCAUACAAGUGUGAUGUUCGCCCCUGCGGAGUUCAUCCACAGCAGGAGCCUACCGCUACACAGGUGACACGGCCGAGAAGCCAUACAAGUGUGAUAAUCUGCCCUGUGGAGUUCAGCCAGAGCGAGCACCUAAGGUAUCACAAGCCGACAUGCAGGGACGAGAAGCCAUACAUGUGUGAUGUUUGCCCCUGCAAAGUUCAUCCACAGCAGGAGCCUACCGCUACACAGGUGACACGGGCGAGAAGCCAUACAAGUGUGAUAUCUGCCCUGUGGAGUUCAGCCAGAGCGAGCACCUAAGGUAUCACAAGCCGACACGCACGGACGAGAAGCCAUACAUGUGUGAUGUUCGCCCCUGCAAAGUUCAUCCACAGCAGGAGCCUACCGCUACAGAGGUGACACGGGCGAGAAGCCAUACUAGUGCGAUGUCUGCCCUGUGGAGUUCAGCCAGAGCGAGCACCUAAGGUAUCACAAGCCGACACGCACGGACGAGAAGCCAUACAAGUGUGAUGUUUGCCCCUGCGGAGUUCAUCCACAGCAGGAGCCUACCGCUACACAGGUGACACGGGCGAGAAGCCAUACAAGUGUGAUAUCUGCCCUGUGGUGUUCAGCCAGAGCGAGCACCUAAGGUAUCACAAGCCGACACGCACGGACGAGAAGCCAUACAAGUGUGAUAUCUGCCCUGUGGAGUUCAGCCAGAGCGAGCACCUAAGGUAUCACAAGCCGACACGCACGGACGAGAAGCCAUAUAUGUGUGAUGUUCGCCCCUGCAAAGUUCAUCCACAGCAGGAGCCUACCGCUACACAGGUGACACGGGCGAGAAGCCAUACUAGUGCGAUGUCUGCCCUGUGGACUUCAGCCAGGGCGAGCAUCUAAGGUAUCACAAGCCCACACACAUGGACGAGAAGCCAUACAUGUGUGAUGUUCGCCCCUGCAAAGUUCAUCCACAGCAGGAGCCUACCGCUACACAGGUGACACGGGCGAGAAGCCGUACUAGUGCGAUGUCUGCCCUGUGGAGUUCAGCCAGAGCGAGUACCUAAGGUAUCACAAGCCGACACGCACGGACGAGAAGCCAUACAAGUGUGAUAUUCGCCCCUGCAAAGUUCAUCCACAGCAGGAGCCUACCGCUACACAGGUGACACGGGCGAGAAGCCGUACUAGUGCGAUGUCUGCCCUGUGGAGUUCAGCCAGAGCGAGCACCUAAGGUAUCACAAACGGACACACACUGGAGAGAAGCCAUACAAGUGUGAUCUUUGCCCUGCGGAGUUUAGCCGGAGUAGGAGCUUAGAACAGCACAGGGGUGACGCACACGGGGGAGAAGCCUUACAAGUGCGAUGUCUGCCCUGCAGAGUUCAGCGAGAGGAGGAACCUACAGCAACACAAGCGGACACAUCCGUGCAAAACUCCAUACAAGUGCGAUGUCUGCCCUGCGGAGUUCAGCCAGAGCGAGCACCUAAGGUAUCACAAGCCGACACGCACGGGUGAGAAGCCAUACAAGUGUGAUGUUCGCCCCUGCGGAGUUCAUCCACAACAGGAGCCUACCGCUACACAGGUGACACGGGCGAGAAGCAAUACAAGUGUGAUGUCUGCCCUGCAGAGUUCCGCCAGAGAGGGCACUUACAGCAUCACAGACAGACACACACUGGAGAGAAGCCAUACAACUGUGAUCUUUGCCCUGCAGAGUUCAGCCGGAGCGGGUACCUACAGUAGCACAAGCGGACACACACGGGCCAGAAGCCAUGCUAGUGCUAUGUCUGCCCUGCGCAGUUCAGCCAGAGUAGGAGCUUAGAACAGCACAGGGGUGAUGCACACGGGGGAGAAGUCUGCCCUGCAGAGUUCAGCCAGAGGACGAACCUACAGCAACACAAGCAGACACAUCCGUGCAAAACUCCAUACAAGUGUGAUAAUCUGCCCUGUGGAGUUCAGCCAGAGCGAGCACCUAAGGUAUCACAAGCCGACAUGCAGGGACGAGAAGCCAUACAUGUGUGAUGUUUGCCCCUGCAAAGUUCAUCCACAGCAGGAGCCUACCGCUACACAGGUGACACGGGCGAGAAGCCAUACAAGUGGGAUAUCUGCCCUGUGGAGUUCAGCCAGACCCUGUGGAGUUCAGCCAGAGCGAGCACCUAAGGUAUCCACAAGCCGACACGCACAGACGAGAAGCCAUACAUGUGUGAUGUUCGCCCCUGCAAAGUUCAUCGACAACAAGAGCCUACUGCUACACAGGUGACACGAGCGAGAAGCAAUACAAGUGCGAUGUCUGCCCUGUGGAGUUUAGCCAGAGCGGGCACCUAAGGUAUCACAAGCCGACACGCAGGGACGAGAAGCCAUGCAAGUGUGAUGUUCUCCCCUGCGGAGUUCAUCCACAGCAGGAGCCUACCGCUACACAGGUGACACGAGUGAGAAGCAAUACAAGCGCGAUGUCUGCCCUGUGGAGCUUAGCCAGAGCGGGCACCUAAGGUAUCACAAGCCGACACGCACGGACGAGAUGCAAGUGUGAUGUUUGCCCCUGCGGAGUUCAUCCACAGCAGGAGCCUACAGCUACACAGGUGACACGGGCGAGAAGCCAUAUAAGUGCGAUGUCUGCCCUGUGGAGUUCAGCCAGAGAGGGCACUUACAGCAUCACAAGCAGACACACACUGGAGAGAAGCCAUACAAGUGCAAUCUCUACCCUGUGGUUUUCAGCCGGAGAGGGGACCUCAAGCGUCACAAGCGGGCACAACAGGACAAAAGCCAUACAAGUGUAAUGUCUGCACUGCAGUGUUCAGUAGGGGAGCGUACUUACAGCAUCACAAGCGGACACACACUGGAGAGAAGCCAUACAAGAGUGAUGUUCGCCCCUGCGGAGUUCAUCCACAGCAGGAGCCUACCGCUACACAGGUGACACGGUCGAGAAGCCAUACAAGUGUGAUAAUCUGCCCUGUGGAGUUCAGCCAGAGCGAGCACCUAAGGUAUCACAAGCCGACAUGCAGGGACGAGAAGCCAUACAUGUGUUAUGUUUGCCCCUGCAAAGUUCAUCCACAGCAGGAGCCUACCGCUACACAAGUGACACGGGCGAGAAGCCAUACAAGUGGGAUAUCUGCCCUGUGGAGUUCAGCCAGAGCGAGCACCUAAGGUAUCACAAGCCGACACGCACGGACGAGAAGCCAUACAUGUGUGAUGUUCGCCCCUGCAAAGUUCAUCCACAGCAGGAGCCUACCGCUACACAGGUGACAUGGGCAAGAAGCCAUACAAGUGUGAUAUCUGCCCUGUGGACUUCAGCCAGAGCGAGCACCUAAGGUAUCACAAGCUGACACGCACGGACGAGAAGCCAUACACGUGUGAUGUUCGCCCCUGCGGAGUUCAUCCACAGCAGGAGCCUACCGCUACACAGGUGGCACGGGCGAGAAGCCAUACUAGUGCGAUGUCUGCCCUGUGGAGUUCAGCCAGAGCGAGCACCUAAGGUAUCACAAGCCGACACGCAGGGACGAGAAGCCAUACAUGUGUGAUGUUUGCCCCUGCAAAGUUCAUCCACAGCAGGAGCCUACCGCUACACAGGUGACACGGGCGAGAAGCCAUACAAGUGUGAUAUCUGCCCUGUGGAGUUCAGCCAGAGCAGGCACCUAAGGUAUCACAAGCCGACACGCAGGGACGAGAAGCCAUACAUGUGUGAUGUUUGCCCCUGCAAAGUUCAUCCACAGCAGGAGCCUACCGCUACACAAGUGACACGGGCGAGAAGCCAUACAAGUGUGAUAUCUGCCCUGUGGAGUUCAGCCAGAGCGAGCACCUAAGGUAUCACAAGCCGACACGCACGGACGAGAAGCCAUACAUGUGUGAUGUUCGCCCCUGCGGAGUUCAUCCACAGCAGGAGCCUACCGCUACACAGGUGACACGGGCGAGAAGCCAUACAAGUGUGAUGUCUGCCCUGUGGAGUUCAGCCAGAGCGAGCACCUAAGGUAUCACAAGCCGACACGC